AUGUAUAUGUCGAUCUUGUGGAUAUUGGUCGUUUCAACGUCGUUACCCUACUUGUUACUACCCAACGCUGUCUAUUUCGCAUCACGCCCUGGUGGUGUUAUCAUGCUUUCUGCAGGUGCAUUAGCUGAGUAUGCAGCAAGUCAGAAUGUGGUUAUAAACUUGAUAACUAUAAUAACUUGCACUAUCUGUUAUGUGGCUUGCUACUUAAGGAUUCGUGAUCCGCAAGAUGGAUACAGGGUCGUUGAUAGAAGUUUGUUCUUCUGCGCGUUAUUUUCAUCACUUCCGUUCUGCGCCGAGGUAGUACGUUGUCUGCUGGCUCUGGCGACGUUCGAAGUAAAAAAUGAACUUUACGAAAUCUCUAUAGAAUUAUGGUUAGUUCCGAUAAUGUGCUGUUCUUUUGAAAAGCUGAGCAAGCUAGACAGUUUUCCAUCUCAGCCUUCUCAGUUCCAAACUCGCUUACCGCGCGAAAAUUGA